AUGUCCAUGCCAGGAAUCCCGACACCAUGGCAUGGGGAGGAAGGAGGAAGCGUCCAGCGAGACGCGCGACCCGGCGGAGGGAUCACGUCGGACAAGUUCAACUCGGACCUCGGCAUCAAUCCAGUGGACCUGCGGUCACGAAGCACCACGCAGUUGCCGCCGCGACGACAGCUUCAGCCCCACGAUCACCGCGAUUAUGGGGCCGCAUUGAGUCCCCACCUCGGCAGCUACAUGUCGCCAGCCAGAUCAGACCACCACUGUCAAUAUCUCGGGGUGGCGAUCAAUCGAUCGAUUUGCCACGACACGCGCGCACUCGCCGUGAAGCGAGAGGUGGCGAACUCCCCGGAAGCGUCUGCCUCGGACGACUGGCAGUCGGACACGGACGCGCUGCUCGACUGUCUCCCCUGGGACGAGCUGCGGGACCUCUCUCCGCCCUGCACGCCGCGCUCGUGCGCCCCUACAGACUUCUCGCCAUCAAUGGACGCGAUCCGAGGCGCCAGUCCGCUCAGCAGCCCAGCCGUUCGCGUCCAUACGCUGCGGUCGGGGACCGGCAGCGGCCUGAGCCCAAUCCGCGGCGAGGACGAGGAACCACUGCGACAUCUGACGGGAGGCGGAGCUACCAGUCUCAGCCUCCACAUUGCCAUGAACAGCUCGCAGAUCGACGCGAUGUGGGCGUCCGUGCACUCCGCGGGCUUCACGUCCGCUGCCAUGCCCAUGAUGGACACGCCCAUGGCGCCACCCCCACUUACGUGGACUAAUAGCGAUAUUAGUCAGCAGGUGAUCCAGUGCGACCAGCUCCCGAACGCCAGCGCCAUGGACCGACGCCGACAGAAGAACCGCGAGUGCAUGCGCCGCGCGAGACAGCGCCAGCGGGACGAGCUCAACAGUAUGAAGGCCACCGUCGCCAGGCUCGAGAAGCUGUACGCGGAGCUGAGCUUGCAGUCGACCUCAGGGAGCAGGACGAACGUGCAGGAGGGUGCAGUGGUGUCUCGAGUAGCCACUGACUAUGCGCAAGCGGUGGAGCUGUCGAGACGCCUUGGCGCCGAGAACCUGUACCUCAAGGCGGAGAUCCAGCAGCAGGCGGCGUGGAAGCUCAACCUCUCGCGCAUCCUGCAGUCGCGCAUGGAGGUGGACGGCCCUCGUUGGGCGCGGCAGUUCCAGCAGCCGUCGCUGGGCGGAGAGGAGGUUCUCCGCAUGAGACUUGAUGAACGCGACCAGUUUGAGGCGGCGGAGGAGUUCGGCUUCCACCCGCUGACGGACUUGGGGCUGACGCAGGUUUUACUGGAGAACAGCCGCACCAUGUCGCGCGUGCACAGUCGCCUGUUGAUCCCGUCGUCGCUCGAUACGGACGACGGCGCCCGUACGAGAAGGAUCACGACGUUCGGCUGGGACAUGGUGCAGCGCGUGCACGACAACAUCAUGGAGUGCGUCCUCACCAAGCGAUUCCACGGCUUGAACGUGGCGCAGCUCAUGCAGAAGACGUGGGCGAACGACAUGAGGCUGGGCGAGUUCAAGAAGGUGAAGGGCGAGACGUCUCGACUCGAAGUGCUGCAGACGGUGAACCCCAACGCCUACGUAUUGGUGCGAGACGUCACGUCUCCCACUGAAGACAUCUCGACGUUCCGCUCUGUGUUCGUGCGCUUCCUCAUUGAAACGAGCAAGAAGAUCCCGGCGUCGGAUGCCGUCAAGGCUGCGCCCACCGGUAUCGACGCUAGCGCUCCGUCCAUGCCGCCGCCGUAUACUGAAUCGGACUCGGAGUGUGAAGAUAUGAUACUGGAAGCUACGGGCUACGUGCUGAGCACGCAGAGCUUCGAUACCGACUACUCGAGGAACCCGAGACAGGAAGACGUCCGCAACAAGGUGGCGUGGGCUCACUUGUCGCUGUCGAUUGAGUUUUUGAACGUGGUGAACCCUGUCACGGGGGAGGAGUACCAGCAGUUGCGCUGGACCGGACGCACCAACUACUGCGGGCCGGAGCACGCGCAACGCAAUGCGAGCGACAUGAUGCAGGGAAUGUUGCGCUGGGAGCUGCUGGUCAUCUCCCCCGCCGUCAACCUCGUGUCGCUGUCGUUAGAGUGA